UUACUACAGCAGUGAUUGUUGUGAGGUUAUAAAAAUUUCAUAAAGAUAUACUAAAAACCGCCGAAUCUCUUUACUAUUUCUUUUCUUUAUAUAAAAUGAACGUAAAAAAGAAGCCCGAUGUUCGAAGCUCUUCAGAUAGUUCUUCUGAAAGUUCAUCAGAUUCAUCGAGUAGUAGUUCAUCAUCAAGUGGUUCUGAUUCGAGUGCAUCAUCGAGUGAUAGUGACAGUUCCUCCUCUCAAAGUAGUAAAUCUCCGUCAGGGCCUGAACACAAAAAGACUCCCAUUGCAAAAAAUCAAAGAAAAAGCACAGAGAAUAAUACAAGUACCAACAAGGCAAGUGGAAAAGUGGUUGAGAAAACUAUAAAUAAAGCAAAACCCGCUCCGGCGCGGCUACAAAAACAUUUAAAUAAUAAAAGCAAUAGUAAUAAUGUUACAACUGUGAUUUCUUCAGGAGAUGAAGCUGUAAAUGGGGCUAAUAAAAGCGGGGAGAAGAAAAAACCUGUAGGAAAAAGUGGAAAAACAACCACACUCAGCGGUGUGGUUGUUAAUAACAAAAAUAAUGGAAAUAGUAACAAUAAGGUGAUCUCAACAAAAGUAGGAGGAAAUAAAACCCUCCAUCAAAAAAAUUUGAAUAAAAGUAACAUUAAAACAAACUCAAAUAGUAAAAUAAACCAAAAUGUUAAAGUUCAAGGAAAAUCUAAAGAUAUCAAAUCAAAAAAGCCACCCCCUAAAUUUGAUCCAAACAAAAAAAAGAGUAUUUUUUCACCAGAAAAUAGUUCAGAAUCGGAUAAUGAAAAACAGGUGAAACCAAAAUCAGUUCCUGCUAAGCCUCGCCCGAAAGCAACUCCAAAAGUAAUCGAAAAACCCAAAGAGGUAAAAAAGGAACCAAAAGUUCCUAAAUCUAAAGAAAUUAUAAGUAGUGCUUCUUCGGCGACUUCCACGUCCGAAUCAAAUUCGUCAAGUAGUGAUAGUGACAGUAGUGUUGAUUCAUCUUCGAGUAAAAAGACCAAUUCUGCUAAAAAAGUGAAUAACAAAAAAUCAAUGAGUCCUAAAGAUAUAAGAUCGGAUUCGGAUGGUGAAACCCUUACAAAACAUGUUACAAGGAAAUGGACACGGUCUGCUAAUGUUAGGAAAUCUAAGCAUAUCGUGGGUAAAGCUUAUUCUGAUACUGAUUCUGAUGGGGAAAGUGUAAAAAGAUCUCUGAGUCGAUCCCCUGUAAAAAGGGCUCCUGUUGUUACUAAAGGAAAUUCAAAAAAUAAAAAGGUUGAUAAUAAAAUUAAAAGUAAUGAAAUUAUUGAGGAAGAAAGAAAAUGUCCAAUUGAAGGUUGUGAUAGUUUGGGUCAUUUAGGAGGAAAACUAGAUAAACAUUUCACAGUUGAUGCAUGUCCUUAUUACCAUAAUAUGACUCCAAAUGAAUGUAAAGAUUGGCUUAUUGACAGAAGAAAACGCGAAGAGCAACGUAAAAAAGUAUUAGAACAUAGUCAUAAGUUUCCCCGGGGUCAUUUAACUCAAGAACAACGAAAUUACGCGCAAAAAAUUAAAGAAAUGCGAUCGAAAUUCAUCCCUGACAGUGAUGAUUUGGUGAAACCACACACAGAUAAAAAUCGGGAACCAAAUUUACACAAUUUCGUGCCUGAGUACGAUUUGAAAUUAUUUAAAGAAGCCCAAGCCAUAUCCAGCGAACAAAUCGAAGAAGAACUCAAAACCCAACCCAACACCAAAGGUACUAAAUACAUUGAAAUGGGAAAAUUCGAAAUGGAAGUUUGGUACCAAAGUCCGUAUCCUGAAGAUUAUGCAAGAUUACCAAAAUUAUAUAUUUGCGAAUACUGUCUUAGAUAUAUGAAAUCGAGAACUGUUUUACUUAGACAUGUUCAUAAAUGUGUGUGGAAGCACCCCCCUGGUGAAGAGGUGUAUAGAAAAGAUAAAAUUAGUGUGUGGGAAGUUGAUGGGAAGCGAUACAAAUCGUACUGUCAAAAUUUAUGUUUGUUGGCAAAGUUUUUUUUGGAUCAUAAAACGUUGUAUUACGAUGUGGAACCGUUUCUAUUUUACGUAAUGACUUUAGUUGAUAAUGAAGGGUGUCAUACUGUUGGAUAUUUUAGUAAGGAGAAAAACUCCUUCCUCAACUACAACGUGUCCUGCAUCUUAACGUUACCGCCGUACCAACGACAGGGCUACGGACGCCUGCUAAUCGAUUUCAGCUACCUAUUGACCAGGGUUGAAGGAAAAAUAGGGUCGCCUGAGAAGCCCCUCAGCGAUUUAGGUUUAAUCUCGUACAGAUCUUACUGGAAAGACGUGCUGCUCAACUACCUGUGUAAGACAGCUGGCACCCAGUUGUCCGUUAAAGAUAUCAGCCAGGAGAUGGCCAUUCACUCCUACGACAUCGUCUCCACCCUACAAGCCCUCGGCAUGAUGAAGUAUUGGAAGGGAAAGCAUAUUAUAUUAAGGAAACAGGACGUGUUGGACGAAUAUGCGGAACGAGUUAAACGAAGAGGGACGUUACUCAAAGAAGUCGAUCCGGAAUGUUUGAGAUGGACGCCGUUCGUUCCACCUCAACAAAACUCCUCUCAAAAAACGUAAAUAUAAUUUUUGUAAUAAAGAGGGUGUGUAUUUUGACAAUCACAUGAAUAUUGAAUUGUUUAAUUUUUAAAAAUACGAACAAUAAUAAAA